UCUGAUUUGCCUCAUCUCCUCUAUGUAGGGUUGGAUCGUAUAUGUCUCCAGGGUUUUGACUCUCUUUCUCAGAACCUGCAUCCUCCUUUUUCAUCUCUUUUGCUUCUUCUUCCAUUUUUCCACACCACAGCCAGUCACCACUGGACAAGCAUUCCUCCUUUUUUUUGCCGUGUCUUGAACGUGUUCGCAGUUCUUUGUAUCCUUUUCUUUUGUCGUGUCCGGUGGUGUCCCGUACACAUCCGGGCGUGUCCGUGUCCUUGUCUGUGUUGGACAUCUCUUUGACACCGGUACCAGGGGGUUCCCCCGUGUUCGUGCUUCAUAUAUCGCAAAUUUCAGAAUUUAUUGAAGUUGUCAAAGAUCGUUACAGUUUAAGAAGUAGGAAAUGGCAUCACCUCCAAUUUUAUCAUUGGCUCUUCCAUCGAAUACUGGUAGAGUUCUCAGCAUUCAAUCUCACACAGUUCAGGGAUAUGUUGGUAACAAGUCAGCCGUUUUUCCUCUUCAACUAUUAGGCUAUGAUGUGGAUCCAAUCAAUUCGGUACAGUUUUCGAAUCAUACAGGGUACCCAACAUUUAAGGGUCAAGUUCUAAAUGGACGUGAAUUGUUGGAUUUAAUAGAAGGCCUUGAAGCUAAUAAUUUAUUGUACUACACUCAUUUAUUAACAGGUUAUAUUGGCUCUGAUUCUUUUUUAAACUCUGUAUUGGAGGUUGUAGACAAGCUUCGCUCAAUUAAUCCAAAUCUUACCUAUGUUUGUGAUCCAGUGAUGGGUGAUGAAGGAAAGCUCUACGUCCCUGAAGAUCUGGUAUCCAUAUAUCGUGAAAAGGUUGUCCCAGUGGCUUCAAUGUUGACUCCUAACCAAUUUGAAGCAGAACUGUUGACUAAAUUGAGGAUUGCUUCUGAAAUAGAUGGUCGGAAAGCAUGCAACAUUCUUCAUGCUGCUGGACCUUCGAAGGUUGUGAUUACUAGCAUCAAUAUAGAAGGCAAUCUUCUUCUCAUUGGCAGUCAUCUAAAAGAUAAGAAACAAGCUCCUGAGCAGUUCAAGAUUGUAAUACCAAAAAUUCCUGCUUAUUUUACGGGAACAGGAGAUCUAAUGACUGCACUUCUUCUUGGGUGGAGUAAUAAAUUUCCCGACAACCUUGAUAAGGCAGCGGAGCUUUCUGUAUCAAGUUUGCAGGCACUUUUGCAGAGGACAUUGAAUGACUAUACAAGUGCCGGAUUUGAUUCAAAAUCAAGCAGCUUAGAGAUCCGGUUGAUUCAGAGUCAGGAUGACAUCCGCGAACCGAAAUUGUCAUUCAAAGCUCAUAAAUACACCUGAAACCCAAUACACGGUGAGUGGUGCGUAUUGAAACUAAAGUAAUGGAUUCAAUCUAAUAGAUUGCUUAUUAUGUCAUAUAAGCCUGUCAUACGGUCCUCAUGGUACGUCAUUUUCAUGUAUUGUAAUUCAGAAAGUUGAUGUUUCGUUUCAAAAUAAUAUUUAUAAUUUGAAUUAAAAUGAAAUAAAUCAUUGCAUAA